AUGAAGAAGCUUUUCACAUUAUGGAGAAGGAAGGAUGAGCCCCACACCCAGCCAGGCUACAACCUUAGAGAUAAGGAUUUAAAGAAACUUCACAAAGCUGCCUCGGUCGGGGAUUUAGAGAAGGUGAAAGAGUAUCUUCAGCUCAAGAAACAUGAUGUGAACAUGCGGGACAGAGAACACAGAACACCUUUGCACCUGGCCUGUGCUAAUGGAUAUUCAAAUAUUGUAUCUCUCUUAAUUGAGAAACAGUGCAAAGUAAAUGUCUGGGAUGGUGAAAACAGAUCUCCAUUGACUAAGGCAGUACAGUGUGACAAGGAGAGUUGUGCUACUAUUCUUCUAGAACAUGGUGCAGACCCAAACCUGGUGGAUUUAUAUGGCAAUACUGCUCUUCAUUAUGCUGCCUGUCAUCAAAGUGACUCAUUAGUUGCAAAACUGCUUGAACACAAAGCUAAUCUUGAAGCUCAAAAUAAGGAUGGGUAUACUCCACUUUUACUUGCCAUUACUGAAAAUAAUGCAGAAAUGGUAGAAUUUCUUCUGAAGAGUGGGGCAGAUGUGAAUGCUUCAGAUAAGAAUCAAAGAACAGCCCUUAUGAUUGCUCUCAGUGAUGAACCAACAAGUUUAGUCAGUCUUCUCCUUCAGCAAGAAGUGAAUCUAUCUUGUCAAGAUAUUAUGGAUUCACGGCUGAGGAAUAUGCUUCUUUCAAUGGUUUUACUAUGUAAGUGA